AUGACUUUUGUGACAUUUAAUCUAUCGCUUGACUGUCAUCUAGAUGUAGCUAAAUAUCUUAUCGAAAAAGGUGCCAAUUUGAGUGCUGAAGAUACACGGACACAAUCACCACUUCACCUGGCUGCUUUUCAAGGUUAUAAAGAUGUAGUCAAAUAUCUAAUUGAACAUGGAGCGAAUGUGAAUGCUGAAGAUGAAGACAAAAGAACGCCACUUUAUAAUGCUGCUUGGGAUGGUCAUACAGAUGUAGUCAAAUAUCUUAUCGAGCAUGCAGCGAAUGUGAAUGUUGUUGAUACAAAGAAUCAAACGCCACUUUAUAAAGCUGCUGAAUGGGGUCAUACAGAUGUAGUAAAAUAUCUAGUCCAACAAGGAGCGAAUAUAAAUGCUCGAAAUAAUGCGAAUAAAAGGCCACGUGAAGUGGCUCUAGAAUAUGGUAAUGAGGAAGCAGCCAAAUGUCUAUUGGAAUAUGAGAAAAUCCUAAAAGUCAAAAAUGCGCCUAAUGUCAGCCAGAUGAGCUGA